GCUAUCACAAGUCGGAGAGACGUUUAUGAAAGUAAUGUUUUAACCUCACUGGUGGAGGGGCUCCCGUUUUUAUUUGGACACUAGUGCGCUUUUCCCAGUAGUAUCCUGGAGUUUUUUAUUUCUUUCACCAAGGACAUAAUGGACAGGUGGGCUAAAACACGAAGGAUGGAAAACUAAAGUAUUUAAAGAAAACACUGAACUGCUGAAUUUGCGCUUUGGGAAAGAGAAAAAAAUCGUGUUAUUUAACAUUACAUCCCCCUUGAUAAAGUUCAGUGCGCUUCACUGGCGAACGCGGGCAGUUCAGCAAGUAUGCACUUUCACAAUUCGCGUAACGGAUCUGCGUCGUACACUACACCAAAUGCAACAAUACAAAGGAUAUACUUUCCAGUUGUCCUACUACUUCUGAUGUUCACACCGAGCGUGGAUUCGUCCUGGUGGUACAUUGGUGCACUGGGAGCACGGGUCAUAUGUGACAACAUUCCGGGCCUGGUCAACAAGCAGCGUCAGCUGUGCCAGAGGCACCCAGACCUGAUGCAGGCCAUUGGCCAGGGAGCCAAGGAUUGGAUUCGAGAGUGCCAGCACCAGUUCCGGCACCACCGGUGGAACUGCAGCACGCCAGAGCGAGACCACACUGUGUUUGGCCGCGUCAUCCUCCGCAGCAGCCGAGAGGCAGCGUUUGUGUAUGCUAUCUCCUCAGCGGGAGUGGUCUAUGCGAUCACUAAGGCCUGCAGCCAGGGGGAGCUCAAGAUUUGCGGCUGUGACUCCCAAAAGCGAGGAAAGACCAGCGAUGACAUGGGAGACUUCGACUGGGGUGGCUGCAGUGACAACAUCAACUACGGCAUCAAGUUUGCCAAGGCUUUUGUGGACGCCAGAGAGAGGAUGGUAAAAGAUGCCCGGGCACUGAUGAACCUGCACAACAACCGCUGUGGCAGAAUGGCAGUGAAGCGCUUCAUGAAACUGGAAUGCAAGUGCCAUGGCGUCAGCGGCUCUUGCUCCCUGCGGACGUGCUGGCUGGCUAUGUCGGAUUUUCAUCGCACAGGAGACUACUUGAGGAAGAAGUACAACACAGCAGUAGAGGUCACAAUGAACCAGGAUGGCACAGGAUUUAUGGCUGCUGACAGGAACUUCAAAGGAACGACCAAAAAUGACCUGGUGUAUGUGGAAAACUCUCCAGAUUAUUGCCUUCUGGAUCGAACAGCAGGUUCUCUGGGGACUGCAGGGAGGGUGUGCAACAAAUCUUCCAAGGGCAUGGACGGCUGUGAAGUCAUGUGCUGUGGCCGCGGCUAUGACACUAUGCGCCUCAAACGUGUCACCAAAUGUGAGUGCAAAUUCAAGUGGUGCUGUGCAGUGGAGUGCAGGGACUGUGAAGACAUUGUGGAUGUUCACACCUGCAAGCCACAUAAGCGACCUGAUUGGUUGGAUCUCACUUGACGCAUGGGUGUUGCCAAUCAUCGAAACUCUCGUCAGGUUUUCGAGUGCACCACUCAACAUGGGAAGCAUGGCCCCAGCUUCCUGACCUUGUUUUGUAGAACCUUGAACCUUGUUGGACUGGAGUGAAGCUAUUAUUAAAUCUGGAACAUUACUAGCCAUUGCAUGUCAUGAGAAAGUGUAUUAGAUAUUUUGUUUCCUGUUGCUAGGUUUGAAUGGCCUCCCAGAAUAUGUGUUACAUGCAUACAUAUACAAUUUUCUUCUUUGAAAAGAACAGACUGUAGUAUUUGUUAUACUCUUUGAUGAGAUUGACUAUUAGACACUGGAAAUGGUACAAAGCUUCUACAAAAAUGGACUGAAAUUUUCCAUUUGAAAAUUGACUGGAAGCAUACUCUUUCCACAGCAUGGAUUUGUCCAGUACCAAUAACAAAUCUGGAGAAGUAACUCAUUUGUCUACAUUGAGGGACACAGUAAUAUAUUAUGAAAUUAUGCUAUAGUUGUAUUUCUUCUAAUUUGUUUAUUUUUAUAUAUUUGACUGGGACAAAUACACGGAACAUAUAGAUCAAAGAUGACGUUUUCAGCAUACCUUCUUUGUUAUUAUGUAAUAGAUGUUGGAUAUAUUUUCAUAUUUUGUUAAUGAAAUGUAAUAUCCAAACACUUAAACUUUAAGUAUCAGCACUUUCUAGGUUUGUUUUCUUGUAGUGGUUUAGGUAAGUCUAUGAUCAAGCAAAUAUUUUUUCAGGCUUGUCUUA